UUCUUCCUCCUUUCCUCUUUCGACAAUUUUACCUCCUCAUUCUCUAUCAACCUUCCUCCUUUUCCCUACUCAUCCUUCUUCUUUUUUCCUUCUUAUUAUUUCUCUCUCUCUUCUCCCUUCUUCUUCCUCUCCAGAUCUAGGAUUUUCUCAAACCUAGGUCUAGGUUCUCAAACCAACCCUAAAUCAAUCUAUUCUAUCUCAAACCUUUUCUCCUUUUCCUCUUCACCUCUGGUACUCCCUAAUUAAUUUUGAUCUGAAGCUGGUUCAAGGCAGCUAUGUGGUCAAGGUUGUGCCAAUGCCAAAGCUUUAGGGGGUCACAUGAAGGCCCACCUUGCCACCCUUCCCCUUCCUCCCAAGACCAAUGGCGACGAUGGUGGUGAUGAUGACUCUGCUUCUUCUUCGUUGUCUUCUUCCGGGGAGGAGUAAAAGUCGGAGUAAGAGCAAGAAAGCAAGAAUAGGGAAGUUUUGGAAAAGAAGCUUUGGUUUAUAGGUUGAGGGAGAAUCCCAAGAAAAGUUUCAGGGGAAUCUUCUAAUAUGGAGUUUGUUAGAAAUGAGGUAGAUACAUUAUACCAUGAAAUGGUAGUUGAUGCAAUGGGUGCACAGUCUGAAUACAAUGACGGGCCAAUCGCUAAGGAGCCAAAUACUAAGGCAAGAGAAUUUUAUGAUCUUUUGCAUGCUGCAGAAGUCCUUAUAGGUGCUAGGGGACAGGAUGUUACAGUACUUUCAUGGAUGGCAGAAAUGUUAAACAUGAAAACUAUUUAUAAUAUGAGUACUGCUAAUUGGGAAAUGGCAUUAUCAUUGAGUCGAAAGUUGUUGAGUCCAGAGGACCAAGAAAAGGUACCAAAGGAUUUCUAUAGUGCAAAAAAAAUGAUAAAUGUGCGUGGACUUGGGUAUAAGAAAAUUGAUAUUUGUGUCAAUGAUUGCUUCUGGUACUAUGAUGAGCAAAGUAAGAAUUUAACUGCUUGUCCAAUGUGUCGAGAAUCCCGUUAUGAGCCAAAGAAUAUAUCUGCUAUAAGGCAGAAAGAUGUUCCAAGGAAAUCUUUGUGGUACCUUCCAAUUACCCCAAGAUUGCAGCGACUAUACAUGUCUAGAAAAGCAACAGAGCACUUGACAUGGCAUUUGAAAUGCCGUGAGGAUGCAGAUAAAGUUAUUCAUCCUACGGCUAGUGAGGCAUGGAAACACUUUGAUGAAACCCACCCAACAUUUGUUGAUGAACCUAGAAAUGUUAGACUUGGCCUCUGUACGGAUGGUUUCAAUCCAUUUGGUUGCUCUACAACACCUUACUCUUGUUGGCCUGUUUUUCUUACAGUGUACAACCUUCCUUCUGAGUUGUGCAUGAAGUCAAAGCAUCUAUUUCUUGCCAUGAUAAUUGCUGGACCUAAAAGUCCAAGAAAAAACAUUGAUGUCAUGCUUAGGCCAUUAAUUGAUGAACUUAAGGAAUUGUGGACAAAUGGGGAAUUGAGAUUCCCAGAUGGGUAUGCAUCCAACAUAGCACGAUGUGUUAACAUGCAGGAACUUCGAUUGUUUGGGAUGAAAAGCCAUGAUUGUCAUGUAUUCAUGCAGCGUCUCUUGCCAAUUGCUUUCCGUGAUUUCCUCAUAGAUGAAGUUUGGGGUCCCUUAACUGAGAUGAGUAACUUUUUUAGAGCUUUAACUGCUCCGAUUAUUCAAGUUAGUAACAUGGAGAUGUGGGAGGAAAAAAUUGUUGAGACCAUUUGCAAGUUAGAGAAAGUAUUCCCGCCAGCAUUCUUUGACUCGAUGGAGUAUUUGGCUAUCCAUCUACCAUAUGAGGCAAAAGUUGGAGGACCUGUCCAAUUUCGUUGGAUGUAUCCUUUUGAAAGAAAAAUGCAUGACCUUAAGAAAACAAUGUUGAACAAAAAUCGUGUUGAAGCUUCAAUUUGCGAGUCUAAUAUUCUUUCAGGAAUUUCCUUCUUUUGCUCGCAUUAUUUUGGAUCUAAUAUAGAGACAAGAUUGAAUCGUCAACCAAGAAACAUUGUCGGCGUGAAUGAUGAUAUGGAUAAUUGUUUGUCUGUCUUUAAACAUCAAGGUCAACCACUAGGUGGAGAAAUGCCUAUGCGUGCAUUGUCACCCAAAGAAUUAAAGGCAGCAGAACUUUAUGUUUUGCUUAAUAAUGAAGAAGUUAAUCCAUGGAUUGCGUAUGUUCUCUAGUUCUAAAUUUCAUUUGUUUAAGUUACUAGUAUGUUUAGGUUGUUUACUCCAACUUCUUCAUGUAGGCUUUUUGAUUAUCAAGUAUGUUCCGAUCUAUCAGAGGAUCAAAUUUAAAUCAAACGGCAACUUGAAU